AUGGCCCAACUAAAUGACAUCCGCGGCCGACUGGCCCUCAUCACCGGGGCAUCAGGAGGAAUCGGCGCCGCCUGCGCCCGCCAACUCGCCGAAAAAGGCGUCCACCUCGCCCUCACCUACUCCUCCAACCUAACCGCCAUAACCACACUAACCGACGAACUCAAGUCCCAAUCCCCAGACCUCCGCAUAAGCAUACACAAAGUGGACGUCGGCGUCGCCGAGCAGAUCGAGUCCAUGUUUCUGGAAAUCGACAAGGCGCACGGCCAGCGCCCCGAUAUCCUCGUCUCCAACGCCGGGUACGGCAAGCGCGUGCCCCAGGUGUGGGACAUUACCCUCGAGGAAUUCGACUAUACGAUCACGGUGAAUCUGCGCGCGUCGUUUAUCCUCGUCAAGGGCGUUGUUGAGCAUAUGAAGGGGCAGCGCUGGGGGAGGAUUGUGUUCAUGUCGUCGAUUGCGGGGUAUGGUGGGGGGAUUAAUGGAGCUCACUACGCAGCCUCAAAAGGCGGCAUGACAGGCAUGAUGCGCAACCUAUCGACGCGCCUUGCGGAAUUCAACAUCAGCGUCAACGACGUCGCACCCGCGAUGAUUGGAGACACGGGGAUGAUUCCCAGCGCGCAGGCCAUCCCGGAGGUCGCUGCAGGGAUCCCGAUCGGGAGGCUGGGUGUUCCCGAGGAGGUUGCCAAUGCUGUUACCAUGUGUGUGACGACGGGGUAUAUGACCGGGCAGAGUUUGUUGUUGGCCGGUGGGUUGAAGUAG